AUGUCGUACGGAGGACAAACACCUACAGUUGUGGUUCUUAAAGAGGGCACGGAUACAUCGCAAGGUCGUGGUCAGAUCCUAUCAAACAUUGAUGCCUGUUUGGCCAUUCAAGACACUCUUAAGCCUACACUCGGACCGUUUGGAUCGGACGUGUUAAUAGUGGAUGGAGGCAAAACUACUAUUUCAAAUGACGGUGCUACAAUUCUUAGGCUACUAGAUGUGAUUCAUCCUGCUGCAAAAAUCCUUGUUGACGUUUCGAGGUCUCAGGAUGCGGAAGUUGGAGAUGGCACUACCUCUGUUACUCUACUGGCAGCAGAGUUCCUCAAAGAGGCACGUCAAUUUGUUGAAGAAGGAAUGUCUUCCAGCGUGAUUGUUAAGGCAUAUCGUAGCGCCUGUCGUUUGGCAUGUGGACGCGUUCGGGAGUUACAGAUCGAACUUAAGAGAAAGAGCAAUGACACUAAAGACGAUGCUGAGUUUCGGGAAUUGUUGAAAAAAUGUGCAAAGACAACCAUGGCUUCGAAGUUGAUCCAGUCGAAUUCUGAUUUCUUUGCCGAUAUGGUUGUGGAAGCUGUACAAUGUUUGGAUCAGGACGAACUCGACGAGAAUUUGAUUGGCAUGAAGAAAAUUGCUGGAGGUUCCUUGGAGGAGUCCAGACUCGUCAAAGGUGUUGCGUUUAAGAAAACAUUUUCGUAUGCCGGCUUUGAACAGCAGCCAAAGAAGCUCUCCAAUCCAAAGAUUCUUUGUCUCAAUGUGGAGUUGGAGUUAAAAGCAGAAAAGGAUAACGCUGAGGUGAGGAUCAAUAAGGUCAAUGAAUAUCAGGCCAUCGUAGAUGCUGAAUGGAAGUUGAUUUUGCAGAAACUAGAAGCAAUUGUGGCAACCGGUGCCCAAAUUGUACUUUCCAAGUUGCCAAUCGGAGAUUUGGCCACGCAAUAUUUUGCUGACCGAGGAAUCUUUUGUGCUGGACGUAUUCCAGCGGACGAUAUGGAGAGAACUGUGAGUGCCGUUGGUGGCAGUGUUCAAAGUACGUGCUCAGAACUUACGAGCAACGACUUGGGUAAUUGUGGUUCAUUUGAAGAGAUCCAGAUUGGUAGUGAGAGAUACAAUCUGUUUGAGGGGUGUCCAAAGGCAAAAACAUGCACAUUUAUUCUUCGUGGAGGUGCCGAACAGGUGAUUGCAGAAGUGGACAGAUCUCUUCAUGAUGCAAUUAUGAUCGUGAAAAGGGCCAUUCAGAAUAACUACAUUGUUGCUGGAGGAGGUGCUAUAGAGAUGGAGCUAAGCAAAUACCUUAGGGACCUCUCCAGGCAAAUUGACGGUAAGCAACAAUUGAUUGUUGCUGCCUAUGCUCGUGCCCUAGAGGUGAUUCCACGGCAGCUUUGUGAGAACGCCGGCUUGGAUGGUACGGAACUCAUUAACAAGCUUCGUUCUCUUCACUCUCAAGGCGAAACUUGGUAUGGUUUAGACUUUGGUCAUGAGUCCGUAGCUAACAAUAUGGAUACUUUCGUCUGGGAACCUUCUCUUACCAAAAUCAAUGCACUUCAAAGUGCUACAGAGGCUGCGGCUCUCGUUUUGAGUGUCGAUGAGACUAUUAAAAGUGAGCCUAACCACAACAGUAUUGGUAAUCAGCCAGUGCCUCCUCCAGCAGGUCGUGGUAGAGGUGUUCCUCAAGGUAUGCCACCUACGCAGAUGCAAAUGAGCUGA